AUGCGCAAACAAUCCCUCCACCGCACCACCCUCCUCUCCCUGCUAGGCCUAAAAUCCGCCUCCGUCUCCGCCCAAACCUCCACCUGGGGCACCCCCUUCAGCGUCGACGCGCCCUCCACCGAAGCCCUGCUCUCCACCAACCCGCCGCUCGGCAGCACCGUCGUCCCCGCAGAGCCCUCAUCCCAACCAGUGCCAUCUUCCCAAAACCCCCUGACGCCAUCCACGCUCAUCCCGACGCCCUCGCCCUCGCAUAUCAGCGUCGAAUCAACCCCGCUUUCGGGAGAGAGCACCACGGUUUCCUUCACGGUGACGCUGCCAAGCCCGAGCGGGAGCGGGACGACGGUGUCGACGCCGAUUUCGCAGAGCGUGACUGUGGUUUCGGAGAGUAGUUCGGGGAGUGGGACUGGCUCAGCGGCGGGGGCGGAGAGUACGGGGAGUGAGAGUACGGGAGGUGCUGCUGCUGCGCCGACGGGUGGGGAUGGGGAUGAAGAAGUAAUCGAUGAGGUGAAAGCAACGGCAGGGCCGAAUGUAAUGGGCAUGGAGUAUGUUAUGAUGAUAGGACAUGGAUAG